GGCAGCUCCUGGCCACCCCAAAGGGUCCUCAUUUUGAAAACAGGAGCGGGCCAAUCAGAUGCGGAGCGCUGUUUGGCGCUGGCGUUUGAGCCAUUGCUCAGGUGCGGUCGCUUCGGGUCUAAUGUGUGCCGAGAAGGUGGGGCGCUAGCAUGAGCCGAGCCACUAAGCUUUAGCAGGCCGGGGCCACUGGCAAGGCUAAUGGGCUAGAGGGAAAGGCUGCGUGGGAGACGGGGUGACGGCGGGACCAGCCCGGGCAGGGACCGGGACUGGGGAUCCCGAGCAGCCGGCUGGCCCGGCUGGAGGGAGUAGCUGAAGGUUGCGGUUCCAUCUCAAGAGAUCUGAGCGGGGAAGGCCACCCUGCGUGGAAGAGGAUAAGUGGAAGUGUCCGGAAGCGAGAAACUAACAGCAGGCGUUAGUCUGGGGAAACGGAAGAGUCUGAGGAAAAAAGGGAAGUUUGUGGAAGUAACUGACAGGGCUGAGUGACCCGGAAAGAAGGCUGGUGGAAGUGAAGCAAGAGUGAAGUGUGGCGGGAGAGAAGAAGGUCUGUGGAAGUGGAUCGAGGGAAAGUGGAGGAGGUGGUCGGGGCCAGAAGAGUGCCAGAGGUGGCCGGAAGGCAGCGGAGCAGAGCUCAAGCCUGAGGGUGUUUGGAAAUUGGAAGAAUUGGUUGGUGGCUAAGAAAGUCAGGACCCGGAGUCGGCCUCGGAGAGUGGGCGACGUAUUCGGGAUGUGGGAUCAGAGACUGGUCAGAUUGGCCCUGCUGCAGCAGCUUCGGGCUGUCUAUGGCAUUAAGGUCAAGGGUGGCCGCGGUCAGUGUGAUCGCAGGAGACAGGAAACUGCUGCGACAGAAACAAGGGGUAAGAUAUUUGGAGUUCCCUUUAAUUCCUUGCCUCAUUCAAUUGUUCCAGAAUAUGGACACAUUCCAAGCUUUCUUGUUGAUGCAUGCACAUCUUUAGAAGAGCAUAUUCAUACAGAAGGGCUUUUUAGGAAGUCGGGGUCUGUUACUCGUCUAAAGGCACUAAAGAGUAAACUGGACCAUGGCGAAGCCUGCCUGUCUUCUGCACUUCCCUGUGAUGUUGCAGGCCUGCUUAAGCAGUUCUUCCGGGAAUUGCCAGAGCCUGUCCUCCCAGCUGAUCUGCAUGAAGCACUUUUCAAAGCUCAACAGUUAGGAGCAGAGGAGAGGAAUAAAGCUACAUUGUUACUGUCGUGUCUUAUGGCAAAUCCUACAGUGGAUAUAUUAAGAUACUUCUUUAACUUUCUUAAGAAUGUUUCUCUUAGGGCAAGUGAGAAUAAAAUGGACAGCAGCAAUCUUGCAGUAAUAUUUGCACCAAAUCUUCUUCAGACAAGUGAAGGCCAUGAGAAGAUGUCUACCAACACAGAGAAGAAGCUGCGUCUGCAGGCAGCAGUAGUGCAGACUUUUAUUGACUGUGCAUCAGACAUUGGACGAGUGCCAGAUUUUAUCCUGGAAAAGAUACCAGCCAUGUUAGGUAUUGAUGGACUCUGUACUACUCCAUCCGUGGAAGGCUUUGAAGGAGACUAUGAAACUCCUGCUGAAUGUAAGAGAAAAAGAAGACAAAGUGUUGGAGAUUUUGUAAAUGGAGCCCUAAAUAAACUUAAAUCUAGCAGAACACCCUCUAUUACACCCCAACAAGAUAGAACAGCCCAGGCCACUGUAUCACCAUUGAUUCUCACACCAAGUGUUAAGCGUAAACUGCCAGGAGAGGCUUCUCAGGCCUUCUCAAGUAAGAAAAGGAAGUCCAUCAAGCACAACUUGAACUUUGAGCUGUUGCCAAGUCAUCUCUUCAGCAGCAAUUCUACACCGGUAUCAGUUCACUUUGAUACAAGUCCUGACGGGUCAUCUCAGCAUUCUGUCUCACCCAUCGCCAUGAGUGGAAACCACUUAGGCAGUACAGACCUAAGGCGAAGUAAAAGAAUUGCCAGCAAAAAAGUUUACAGGGUAGAAUCAGGAAAAGCAGGCUGCUUCUCUCCCAAAGUCAGUCGUAAAGAAAAGACCAGAAGAUCUCUCCGUCUGAAAUUUAGUCUGGGGAAGAACAGAGAUUCAAAUGGAUGUUCUGUCAUCAAUAGAUAUGAAAAUGUUGGUCGACGACUAGCGAAUCAGCAAAAUCUAAAAAAUAGGAUUGAGUCUGUAAAAACAGGUCUGCUUUUUAGCCCAGAUAUUGAUGAAAGAUUGCUAAAGAAAGGCUCAGAGAAGAUCAGCAAAUCUGAGGAACACUUACUAAGUCCAGAUCAACUAGAUAGAACAGGUAACCGGAUGUCUUGGACAGAGCCCAGUAAUUCAAGUUUUCAAGACAUGAGUGCAAGUGGAACUUCUCCAGUAAUGCAAAAUCUUGGGGUGAAGAGCUUUUCUUUGGAGCCCGACAUUACUGUUGACAAGUCACCAGUUGUGUCCUGUGAGCUCAGGCCUUCAACCUUCCACAGCCAACCUGACAGCAGUGUGCUAGGGAGUUCCCUUAGCGAGGAUGAAGGGAACCUGGCCUCCGAGACCUUGCAGAAGAUUCAGAAAGCAUUUUCUGAAUCUGGGAGUGAUCUUCAUAAGGUGAUAAAUCAUGAGCAGUCAUCAGUAACAAAUAUGGGGGAAGAAGCUGAAUCCAGAGGUGUGACCGUGAGUGAGUCAAAGGGACAUGACGGGAGGUAUACUGGGGAGGAUGAGAGCUAUCCUUCAGAAAGGAAUUUCUCACCUUAUCAAAGUACAGAAUUUGCCAGAGAAGCCGAUGAGGAAUGUUACUCAACUCACAUGAAGGUGGAAUGUGAAGACAUGCACUCAGAAACACCCGAAGCUGAACUCAUCCUGCAAGCAUUCCCUGAUGUGGAGCCAACUGAGGAACCACAGUCCUCCAGGAACCAACUAAAUACUCCUCCAUCACAGGGGGAUGAGAGUGUGGUGGAGGAGAAUUCUGAGGCAAGGGAAGCUCCUGAGGAGAAUGAGGCUCAGUCUUUAGAGCGGACCACAUGCAGUGUGGCAGUCCUUUCAAAACCUCAGCCCCAGAGACUUGCUAGGCAGCAGUCACUGGUGGAAAAAUGUGGCAGUGCAGUUCCUGGAUGUCUACAAGUGACAGAGCACGGGAAGGUUUCUGACCACAUACAGUGGUUUAAUAAACUUUCUCUAAAUGAACCAAACAGAGGAAAAGUGAAAUCACCUCUUAAAUUUCAGCGUACUCCCGUCCGUCAGUCUGUCAGAAGAAUUAAUUCUUUGUUGGAGUAUGACAGGCAGCCUGUGAGGCAGAAGCUGGCAAUCCUUCGUGACACAGCUUCUCCUCUUGUUAAAGCAGUGAGCUGUGACAGUGCUCUUCCCUCUUGUGUACAAAGCACAUCAAAAGGUCCCACUGUUCCACAUUCUACGUCAGGUCUUGAAGCACAGAAGUCUACAUCUUGUAAUAAAUCAAGUGUUGCAUUAGCUUCUAAAUCUUUCACAAAAAUGAAGAGACAUCCGGAUCCUUUGAGUGCUUCUCUUGGAACUACUAGACUUUGUAAACAGGAGAACAAAUCUAAUGGCCAAAUUAAGUUUCCUUUGGAUGAUCUCACUAAUCAUGAUAGAUUAAAAUUUGUUGUAAAUAACAAUGUGGCCUUUUCUCCAGGGGUAAAAAACCGAGUUCUUAGGAAACCAUCCGAAAAAGAAAGGGUCUGGUACAAAGGUUCUCCUAAAAAUCCUAUUGGAAAGACCCAACUGCUACCAACGAGUAAGCCUGUAGAUUUGUAACAGUCAAAUGCAGUGCUUGUCAUCAGUGUAAAUAAAAUUAGCAAUUGCUGGGUGUGUGGGUAUGGUGGGUCAGGUUGCAGGAUGCUCGAGUGCUGGUGUGUGGGUAUGGUGGGUCAGGUUGCAGGAUGCUUGAGUGCUGGUGUGUGGGUAUGGUGAGUCAGGUUGCAGGAUGCUCGAGUGCUGGUGUGUGGGUAUGAUGGGGCAGCUGCAGGGUGCUCGAGUGCUGGUGUGUGGGUAUGAUGGGGCAGCUGCAAGAUGCUCGGAGUGCUGGUGUAUAGGUGUGGUGAGAUAGCUGCAGGAUGCUCGAGUGCCUGUGUGUAGCUCAGGAUGCCUGCUAAGCAGGUUCUUUCUGAAGUGGUCCCACUGCUUGAGCAGUUUGGACUUUCAUACUUGCACAUAAGGCUACUUGGUUGCUCUUUAUUACUGAAGCAUUUAAAUUUAACUUUAUUGUGAUUUCCUGAAGCAGGGGUUAUAAUAACCUUAGAAGAUAUUGUUGGCUACAUUUAUUAAUAUAAAAAGAACAUGAGUUUUAUUCUGCAUGCUUGAUCAGAAGAAUGCAGGAAGUUGUGCUUGUGCCUCUUGUUGUUCCUUCACAUGAGGAACAUUGUCCACUAGGAACAUCUAGAACGGAAAGGAACUGAUAAGGCUCUGCAAAUCUUAUGUCUUGAAUUAGUCAUGUUUGUUGUCUUGACCAAAAACCAAGAAGGUAGCUGGCCUCAGUGGUAUGUGAACACUGCUUGUUGGGGACAGGGAUUUGUCAGUGUGGCCUAUGUUUUCACUUGAAUUUUGAAUGAAAGAUAGUGAGUAAAGCCGAAUGACGGCCAAGGUGCUUCAUACAUUAUGAUGUUGAGGGAACUGAUUAAUCUUAAGGUGAUUUGGAUCAUGUUUUGUCCAGUAUGACAAUGAAAUUUUUUAGGGAGGUAUAAUUAAACUGGAAAUUUUUAAUCGAGGUGUGUUUUUCCUAUGAAGAUGGUUGAUUUUAGAAUUUGAAUUGUUAAUGUACCUCUGUACAUUUCACUUAAGUAUCUGAUAGUGUUAUCAUGUGUUUAAAUGUUAUUUAUUUAGCAUAGACAUUAAAAAUAGCUCCUGGGAAA